AUGCAGAGCGAGGUGCGACAGAGGCCGAUCGAGCACUCGUGCACAGAAUCAUUGCCGGAUAUUGCAGUGACCAUGGCCACUGGACAAGAAAUUCAUGAUGUCUUUAGUUUGAUCGUGGAUGAUGUCGACUCAUCGUCAAUAUUAAGUGAAACCCCCGACACGGAAGGUCUAUCAACAGAAAGCAAUAGCUCCCGCAAUUCGACAUCACAAACACCACUGGAUAGUCCUGGUGGUCCACGAGAGAGGAUUAAACAAAUUCAGGUCGAGGCUGAAACACGUCGAGACGAAUUUGCCAGACUACUUGAAGAACACGCACAAGUUGUACGAAAAUUAAAGAUGAUGGAAGCAGAAGAGCAACUCUCAUCAUCGACUAAUAAUGUUGUCGAUCCAGCACACGCAUGA